AUGUCUGAAGCCGACGAUGCGCCUGACAUGGCCCAACCCGCUCCGAAUCCAGACGCCCAGACAACCGUCAAUGACUUUCUCGACUACACCGAAUUCUUCCCCUCGGACCUGGUGCGCUCGCUGACCCUCAUCGCCGACCUCGACUCGACCUACGCCGACGCCGUCCAGCAGGUCCACGAGCUGACGGUCCAGUAUGGUCGCCUGCCCACGCUGCCUGAGCAAGACCGCCCUGAUCCCGUACUGCUGCGCAAGCAAAUCGCCCACCACCUCCAAAAGGCCAUCAACCAGCGCGAGUUCGCCUACACCGAGGCCUCACGCCUGUACGAGGUCACCGUCCGCCAUUGCCAGCGCUCGUCGGUUAUCAAGCGGAAGCUCCAGGCCCAACCUCAGCCUCCCUCGCGCGAUCCUACGCCCCCGCCAGUCUCUCCCAGCGCACUCCGCCCCGUGUACCGAAACUACGAACGCCCUGCCCAUCUGCGCCUCAACUUUGACGCCGGCCGCCAUGGCGCGACCAACUCGCGCCAGCGCCAUCGCCACCGCAAGACCACUGCUGCUCGAGGCCGCGGUCGAGCCCGGGAUGCUUCGGACUCUUCGGGCGACUCGGACGGCGCAUCAGCUAUCCAUGUUGCAUCCCCUCGAAGGCGCAAACAAGACAGGGACAGGCAUUCGAGGCCAGCCGGCGGCCGAGCGCGUGCUGCGGGUGUGCUAGGCACAAACGUACACAGCUCCAUAGCCGGAAUAUCUACCAGCAAUGCCCUCGCCCAGCUUGCUCCUCCACCAGCUGACGCGAAGCCGGGUAGCAAGUGGGCGCCGUGGAAGAAGCUGACCGAGUACGAAAUGGCCGUCUUGCGCAAGCAAAUGAAGAAGAACGCCGUGUGGACGCCCAGCCAGACCAUGAUGAUUCGCGAACUCGAGAAAAAGCACCGCACAGAGGCUGACUAUGAAAGGGAAAAGGCUCGGUGUGAGGCCACAGGCGAACCCUUUCUUGAUGAGGAGCCUGAAACAUUGCAACAGAUCAUGACUGCCUCCGGUCUGGGAACCCUCUCUUCGCAUGCUCCACAACCGGCCAACCUACCCGCGUCCACCGAGCCUGUCGAAGAGGAAGCGAAAGAUGAGACUGGUCCCGUAAGCAUCCGCCUCAAGCCUAUAACGUCUGAGGAUGGAAAGAGACUCGAUCGCACGUCACAACGCCAAAAAGCCAUGCAGGAUGCUCAAGAGCUCAUCGGUGCGUCCGAAAAGAUCAAAGAGGCUGCCGACGGGCUCAAAGAAUUAAACUUUAACUCUACUGUCACCUCACCUACAAGCCAGAAAAGAAAGUCAAUAACCAGACUUGCCACCAAACGCAAACGUGACGCAUCUCCACCCCUUGCCACGGAUGGCUCUACUGAAGUCAUGCGAGAAGCAUCUGUAGGCACUGAAGACAGCGCAGCAAAACCACCAGAGUCAAAGCGCGCACGGCUACAGCUCAUCGCCCCGGCACCACAUACCACUUCCUCACCGAUACCGACUCCUGGCUCUACUAUUUCCACGCCGCGAGAUCUCUCCAUCUCUGCUGCUCAUUCUCCGCUGGCGAACGCUCCUGUACCACUUGUAGAAUCUGCCAAUGCUACAAUCGAUGGAAAUACUGUACAGGCGCCACCUACAACAGCCGGCCCCAGUACCCCAAAAGCUGACAGAGCUGCACUACGAGAGCUAAGUCCUGAGCUGAGUCCCGAAUUGACGCCUCUGGGGACAUCGCCAGCGCUAUCUGAAAGGUCUCUAGCUAUGCCAGAAGCGUCGCCGUCCCCAGUACCAGCACUCACGCAAGUUCCAGAUCACGAAUCUGUCCCUGCGCCAGCUCCUGCUCUGGCCGCCACAACAGCAGCUUCGACUAGGUCUCGUCGCGAGUCGCUUGUACCAAAAGCACAUACCCCGCCCGAGGCUCCUCAGCUUCUGAGGACUUCAAAGACGCCUACACCAGUACCGGAGCCUGCUCCAGACACUGCUGCGCCCCCAACCUUGCGUCCUCGUUCCGCCCGCGGACAUCUGCCCGCGCCCAAAGCCCAGAGCGAAGAACCAAAACCAAAUGAACAAGGUAGGAUCACUCGCGAAACUCGUCGUCAUAGUGUCUUUAGCCAACCUGCAUCCUCUCUUACAGUAAACCCCUCGCUUCCUGCACCUACCCGCACUAGCUCGCGAAGAAAACCACCCCCAAAAGGGGAAGUCACUGCUGCUGAAAAUGGCCAGAAGACCGUCACCAAUGUCAAGCGCGCCCAAGGCAGCAAAAACAAAAGAAAAAGGAAGACGGAAGAGGAGGUGGAAGUGGCAGACGACAUUGAUCCAGAUGAGCCAAAGUACUGUAUCUGUGACGAUGUCAGCUAUGGAGCCAUGAUAUCGUGCGAUAAUAAUUGUGACAGGGAAUGGUUCCAUCUUCCUUGUAUGAAUAUGACCGAAGAUGAUAUACCUUCCCGCCGUGCAAAAUGGUACUGUCCCGACUGCCGCGCAGCCCUCAACACAGAUGCCUAUGGCAACCCACUCAUACCACCCCCAUUGCCGGGACGCCGUGGCAAUCGGUAA